UUUUCUGGGACAUAACAGGCAUGCAUUCUAUCAAAAGCCGGAGGAGGUGGUUGUGACUAUUUUUGCCAAGGGUGUACCUGCUAACAACGUGACCAUCGACUUUGGGGAGCAGAUACUAAGUGUUACCAUUGAUGUACCCAGCGAAGAUGUUUACCACUUUCAGCCACGACUAUUUGGAAAGAUUGUACCUGAUAAAUGCAGAUAUGAAGUGUUAUCGACAAAAAUUGAAAUACGCCUUGCAAAAGCAGAACCAAUUAACUGGACAACUCUUGAGUACACCACAGCAGCAGUUGUUCCACCAAAGAUAACUUCAACCACUGAAUCUUAUAGGCCAACAUAUCCAUCUUCAAAGCCCAAAAGAGUAGAUUGGGACAAAUUGGAGGCCCAGGUGAAGAAAGAGGAAAAAGAAGAGAAACUGGAUGGAGAUGCAGCAUUGAACAAAUUUUUUGGGGACAUAUACAAAAAUGCUGAUGAAGACAUGAGAAGAGCCAUGAAUAAAUCUUUUGUAAGAUUCUUUCUUAAAUCUACUUUUCCUUCCCCUAAUUUAUGACAAAAAAGUCACAAGGCACCCGAAGAUUUUGGCAAUUAAUCUCUAAUGAUUUAUUUCAUGGUUUUGUUACAUUUCUAGGAACUGAACAUAAUUCUGGGAACUAAUAAAAUAAAAAAAUACAGCUGGAAGAUUUAGAUUUAUCAGCAAACUAGGAACUAAUUAAACUAAUUACUGGAUAUGUGGGAUUCAAAUUUUAAUCUUUUUUUGACUAAAUUGAUCUGGAUCUGACAACUCUCCCUCUCAAGCUGGAAUGUGAAUAUUCUUCUUCCUAGCUUGUCUAGAAUUCGGGGUAGAGAAGUACUCAGUAGCUCUUCUGUGAGUAUACUGCAACUGCAAGGCAUACAUAGAAGUCUUAUCUUACUACUUUUCUUUGAUGAAGUGAUAGUCAAUUUCCACAUGCUUUGUACAAUCAUGAUGUACUUGAUCAUGUGCUAUGUUAUUAGCUGAUUAACACCUAAUGCCAUAGCCCGAAACUCCGCUUUUCCAAAACAAGCCCUAAAUCAUCCAAAAUUAUCUAUAUCCAAGAAGCUCACUAACACCUAAUGCCAUAGCCCGAAACUCCUCUUUUGCACUUGAUCUUGUCACUACUGCAUUUUUUACUCCAAGAUUCAAGGUUUCCACCCUGUAAUGUGCAGUACACUGAUGUUGAUCUACGAUCCACAACUGAUCUGAUCAAUCUGCAUCAUUGUGAUUCAAGAUUAAGCGAUGUCGUCUUGUAUAAUAUUCCCUUUACAGAUUUGCCUUUCAAGUACAUCAAUAUUUUGUUGACGACUUCUAGAUGUUGUUACCUUGGUGAGUGCAUAAUUUGAGUUACUAAACUCACUGCAUAAGUUAUAUCAGGAUGGGUGUGGCAAAUAAAUCAAUCUUCUAACUAAUUAUUGAUAUCUUCUCCCCCUAUCCACCAUUGUAUCUUCUAACUCCUUUCGUAAUUUAUGAGAUUGUUCAUUAGGAGUUUCAGAUGGCCCACAUCCCAGCAUCUUUAUUUCUUGCUAUAAAUAUGUCUUCUUUAGAAUGUGCUACUUCUAUCCGCAAAAAAAAUA